UGAGGGUUUCGAUCAAAUUAAACCAGUCAAUAUGAUGACCAAACAAUUUGUUUUGGACCUCGUCAGAAUCGACGACCAGACUCACCAUACACGACCUACAACAGUUAAACAGAAAACUACUCCUCCAAUGCAUUGACUAGAUUUGGUCCGCGACAUAUCAACCUCCAUUGAAACACUCCAGAUAUAACCAGUACCUCCAUCGACUAAGACCUUGUAAGCUGCUAAUGUAGAACGACCUUCGUCUUUGCUUCAUCUUUCUCAAUCAAACAAAGCGUUUCUUAAAGCUAUCACUAAAAACCCAAUCCUAAGAAAAAGGAAAGAGGGUAGAAAUAAACCCAGUCGUAUUCUGACCUAAAAGGCUAAAACCAGUUGCAGGUCAUAUAUAUGGGAGAACCAAUUGGGAUUUUAAAAGUGAUCGUUGUCCGAGGCAAGAAACUUGUAAUCCGCGAUUUCAAAACCAGUGAUCCUUAUGUCAUCGUCAAAUUCGGAAAUCAGACGGCAAAGACGAAGGUUGUAAACAGUUGCUUGAAUCCUGUCUGGAAUGAAGAGAUGACUUUCUCGCUUGUAGAACCUGUUGAAGUUCUAAACUUGGAAGUGUUUGAUAAAGACGUUUUCAAGGCUGAUGACAAGAUGGGACAUGCUCAUGUGAACAUUCAGCCAUUGGUGACAGCAGCAAGAUUGAGGGAGAUUUUAGGGGUUUCAAAGGAAGGAACAGUAUUGAGGAAGGUGAUCCCUGAGACUGAUAAUUGUGUAGUUACAGAAAGCUCGAUUGAUUGGGUGAAGGGUGAAGUUGUACAAGAUGUUUGGUUGAGGCUUUGUGAAGUGGAAUCUGGAGAGAUUGAGUUGAAGCUCAAGUUCAUGAAGCCUCCUGCACCUUUGUUACCUCCCAAAUCCCAAGUAGUAUAAAUAUUUGAGGCCAUAUGGGUGUGUGUGCAGUUGCAGGUUAUGAAGAUCUGAUGAUAAUUAUCGUACAAGUUUAGGAUUUUAAAUGUUGAAAUUGAUUCA